AGCACGACAGUCUAUAAAAAGCAGCAGUAGAAGCAACAGGUCCUCACUUGUGUUUCUGCUACCGACCCGACGCGAUUAGCGCCAUCCACUUUAAAAAGUUCAGCGUAUGUCGUCCAUCCAAACCAAAGCUCAAGAUCUUGACACGCAAGCCAAAGCAUAGAAUACAAAUUCAUUCGCGCGGUUCGUUGUUGAAACAGGAAAAAGAAAUACAGUUUUGUUGUUGAAAAAGUGCAUCACGAUCAUUAGAAGAAAACAAAAACUCCUGCAAUUUGUGUCAGUGGCCGAAUGCAUUCGAAAGUGAAGGAAAAUUUCUAAAACUGACAGAUAAAAACAGCCUACUUGAUAAAAGUGAAAAAUUAAAAAGUGAAGAGUGCGAACCAAAACUCGGUUAUUUUCGUGUAUCGCAAAAGAAACAACUCAACCAACAGAAAUGAUAACCCACUGGAAUGUGCUUCUUGUCAUGGGUCUGCUGAUGUUUAGCCCUGCACUGGGCCGCCAAGAGCCGUACCUAUCCGACCUGAGCUCGAAGGUGGAAAUUCCCGGCGAAGAACUGUACAGUGAAAUGGUGGACGAGGUACAAAAGCUGCACAAUCAGGAAAUCAACUACCUGCAGUAUCUGGGAGCAAUGGCUAUCCGGCAGCAACGUGAAGAAGAACUGCUCCGACGGCAACAGCAAACUGUCCAGCAAAAACAGAAACAACUACAGCAAGCUGAAGUGGGAGACGAUUCGGUGACUUCCAUCCUGGAAGAACUGCCGGACGACAGUCCCGUAAAGUCGUUGAAUCGGUUGAAUCGGCUUCAAACAGUUCCGAAAACGGUUCCUUAUCAGAAAGCCAAGGACGAGAAGAAAAGUAACCACUAUAUGUCCUUGUGUCACUUCAAACUAUGCAACAUGGGACGGAAACGCAACACUCGAUUCCUGCAUUUCUGGAACUAAACGAAGAUACUCAACCACCUCUAACUAAACGAUUGAUGCUAAACAAAGACUUGAAGAAUGCUUCUCUGUCGUCAUUACUUCUGGACACACACAACGCUUAAAGAGACAGCAGGAGAGAUAGUAAAACCCCCCAGUAAAUCAACAGGCUUUCUGUGCCGCGAACGAACCGCAUACCACAUUUUAUUUAUUCCUAUCGGCAACCAAAGUUCCCGAGUCAAUUAAGAUAACUUUCAUUCGAUUGGUUCUCGAAAUUUCGAACAGGAAGACAAUUUCUCCCGUCGCUAUAUAGUCACAAUUGUAUUAGAAAAUUGCCUACUUUAGUUCAAUGGACGAAAAGUAUUGAGUUUUUAAAUAUCUGUUUUAUUUAAAUUUUACAAUUAAUGCAUCACACAUUCAAAUCUCAACCCCGGGGAAAUUAAUACUUGACUUCCGGUGGUUAUAUGUAUUACUAGGAUUAAGGCAUCUACACAGACAAAAGAAAAAUAACUAAAUAAAAUCCAGACCUAAAAUCAACGGAAUUGUUUUGCACACUGAGAUAAUGUUGACCCAAAUAGCUUUCCUCCACUCACUUCGCUUAAACUAAACAUGUAUUACUAAUCAGUAACAUGAACAACAAAUUUUAAGAUUGGAUGAAAAACGAAAUGUUCAACAAUUUAAUUGGAAGAAAAGCUACUGUUGAUGUGUAAAUAAGCCCAUAUAGCUGUAAUCUCGAAUAAUAUAUUGUUAUUAUUAUCAUUAUCAUUAUCGCGAAAGAUGUUGCCAGCAGUGACUGGCCUUCGAGAGAGAAAGAAAGAGAGAGUACAUGCGAGAAGAACAUUGAAACAAAAAAAAACAACUUAUUUAUUUGAAUGAUAUUCUGUGAAUAAAAGCAAAUGAAAUAAAUAUAA